AUGCUCUUUGGUGACAUCGUCGUUGAGCUCUUCUUUGAGACUGACUCUGGCCAUAUAUUUCCUCAUCCGUUAACAUUGAGUUUCCUUGCCGACUGGAUGCCCUUAGCCCCACUCACGGAUGAGGAAAUAUAUGGCACAGGAGUCAGUCUCAAAGAAGAGCUCAACGAAGAUGUCACCAAAGAGACAUAUCUAGAUAUUAAGGAAGACCCUUUUGAUUAUACAGAUGAAGGGAGGGAUGAAGUGAGCAAAGUGAACGUGGAUCUUCAAGAGCUCAGGCAUGAAAGAAAUGAAAAGGACUUGUGUAUCUUGAUUCAGGAUUCAACUGACAUUGAUGACGUUUGUUAUAAGAAAAUCCAUCCUAUUAAUUUCAAUGACAAACCAUACAGAUGUCAAAUUUGCAACAAGACCUUCAUUGACACAUGCAGUAUAUCAAGGCACAUGAAAGUACAUACAAAAAAGGAGCCAUACAACCGUAAAAUUUGCAAUAAGACCUUAUCAGGGAAAGGUCAUCUAAUGGAUCACAUAAGAGUACAUACAGAAGAGAAGCCAUACACUUGUAAGAUUUGCAAUAAAACCUUCCGAGCCAAAAGUAAUCUGGUCAAUCACAUAAGAAUACAUAAAAAAGAGAGGCCAUACAGCUGUGAAACUUGCAAUAAGGCCUUUGCUGAGAAAAGAUGUCUGGGAAGGCACAUGAGAGUACAUACAAAGAAGACAUACAGCUGUGGGAUUUGCAAUAAGGCCUUCUCACGGAAAGGGUAUAUAGUGAUUCACAUGAAAAUUCAUAAAAAAGAGAAGUCAAACAACUAUGAGACAUGCAACAAGGCCUUCUCAACCAAUAGUGGUCAGUUAAGACACAUGGGUGUAUAA